GAACUUGAUUCGUGUCUUCUCUUCCCUUCUUUUUAAUGUUCAUUAAUUAUUAGUGAUUUAUUAUAUUUUAUAUUACUUUUAUUUUUCGAUUGUCUUUAGAAGUAAGUAUUAUUUUUCUUUUCUAUGUCAUAAAUCAAUUUAAAUGUUCAAUUAUUUUGUGCAGGUGUACAUAUCAAAAAACUAAAUAUGCCUAAAAAGAAAACUGGACAGAGAAAAAAAGCUGAAAAAAUGAGACUCAGGCAAAAAGGAAUUAGGUCUGCAAAGGACAAUUUAUCUUUGGCUAAACAUCCUUGUAACGCAACUAUGGUAAAUAAAAUAAAAUAUUAUUUUUCCAUCACAUACUAAUGUUCUUGUUUAUGAUACUAGCCUAGUCUAAUAUCUUAAUCCUAAGUUAAUAAAUUAUUGAUUAUAGAAAAACUAGGUCAUUUUAGUUAAUGCCUCAAUAGAAUUAAUGUUUUAAUAUACUAAGCAUUAAUUUUCAAUUAAAAACGCAAUUUAAAACAUAAACUAUAUACUAGGUACUUAGGACUAAUUAAUUAUUGUUAAAUGAUGUUUUCAAUACUAAUUUACAUAAUAUUUUGAAAUAUUUGUUAGGUACAUGCAUAAUUGUGUGUAGGUACUUUAUUUUGUUUUAAGACAAUGUGGUUGAAAAUGUGUUUUAAAAACUUUAUUUUUCAUUUUGUCUACAACUGUCUUCCCAGUAGAGUUCAGUAAUCUGUAUUAUAUAUUUGAUAAGUAAUAACAAUUAAUAUUAAAUAUCUGUAAGUACCUCAUCCUUUAUUUUUCCUAAUCAUAAUUUGUAUGGUAGUUUUACAAGUUAACUAGGUAUUUUAUGUUUACUUUAAUAAAUUAAUAGUUAUUGUGUUGUUUUAUAAUAUUAAAGAUUGGGACUAAAGUAUUGGGUUUAGUCCAUUAAAACCUACUUGUUUAACUGUUAUACUAUUUUAUAAUUUUAUAUUGAUUAUAUAACAAAUAAUGUUUAUUGUUAAAUAUAUUUUACUUUAUUUUAAUAAUUAAUUGAAAAAAUCAAAAAUUAAAACUUAUCAACCCUGGUUAAAGGUGUGUAAAUAAUAAAAUAUUUAAUUAUAACCUAAUGAAAAUAACAUAAAUUAAUGAAUAAUAAUUUUUUAUUUUAUAUUAAAAAAUGAAAUAUUUCAGGUUAAUAAAUUACAUGGGUGCCCAGAUGGUUGGGUCAAGACUAGGCAUUUAAACUUCAAAAUUUCAAAUACAAUUUUAAUAAUUAUUUAAUAUAAUUUUAUUUUAAGUAGGUACUUUUUAGUGUUUGAUUAUGUCUCUCCUUGCUAAAUUUGUCUGCAACUGCCCAUAAAUACAUCAUAUAUUAUGAUUAUUAAAUUAAUAAAACGAUUCAAUUGUUCACUCAAUUCUGUACCCUAUACCAAUGAAGCAACUUUUAAAAAUAUAUUGUACCUGUUAUUAUUUUUAAGUUUUUCAUACUAUUUCUUACUUUUAUUGUUUUUAAACAAAAUUUAAUACUUUAUUUCUGCUUUCAGGAAUGUGAUAAAUGCAAGAAGUAAGUUUUAUAGUUAUUAAACUUAAACUAUUUAUUUUAAAAUAGUAAUCAUUAAUCAAUAUGAAAAUAUCAAAUGUGCCUUUGUAAUUUUUAAUCGACAAAAUAAAAAAAUUGUGUUUUCAAUGUUUUCAUACUUCCUAAUGUACUCGUGACUUGCUUAUAUAAACUUUUAUCAAAUGUAUUAAAUAUUAAUUCUAAAAAUGAUUUAUUAAUUUAUGUAAAUUUGAUUCUUAAUAUUAUAUUUAUUAUUUUUAAAUUUUAGAUCCAUAGCUACAAUGUUUCAUUAAACAACAAAGUUGUCUAUUAGGUUAAACCCUAAAAUUAGAUUUCUCAUACUAUAAUUUCUUUUCAUUUAAUUAUUAUCAUGUAAAUAUUUCUAGUAAGAAGUACUUAAAUUUAUUAAACCUAACUAUUAUCACUAUUAGAAUUGAUAAACAAAAUUAAAAUUUUUAAAUGAUUCAUAAUAUUUGAAUUAUUUUUAGAUUUCGAUUGUAUCGUUGCUUACAGAUAUAAAUGAAAUAACCUUAUGUAUCCUACCUUCCCAACUUCUCACUUACGACAGUGUCCGCUCCCAUCCCCAUUAUCAGUUCUUUCUUUGUUUUAUCUUACUAUCAAGCUUAAUUAUUCUUUUCAUUUAGUCUUCUAAUUUUCUUUUUAUUUUAUACAGUUUCAUAUGAGUGUACAAUAAUAUAUACCUAUUUUAAUUUAUUCUUUUCAUCCCCAUUUGUAACCUACAUUGACUUAAAAAGUUAAAUUACACUAUUUUAGUAAUCAAAAUUACCUAUUUGUAAUGAUGUGGUUUAUUAUUUUUAUAUAUCAAGGAAAACAUUUUUAUAAUAAUAAGUUAUUAAUCAAUUUCUAAUCCAUUUUUUUUUUUUUUUGUUAUUACAGUAGAUUAUUCAAUCCAAAAUACAUUUUUAUUAUAGUUUAUUAUACAAUCUCUAAAUUUCUGGAGAAUGGCUUUUACAUGGUUUCUUGUUUAUUUUUUACUACACCUACUUUAAAAAUCUUUCAAGUGGUUUACAAUAAAUUACUUAUACUUAAAAAGAAAAAAAAAAUAUUGUUUAUACAAUUUAAUUUAUUUUUACUUUAGAAAACAAAAAAACCGGGCUUUUUGUUAUUUUUGUCAAAAUUUACAGCGUUUACCUCAGUGUGCUAGCUGUGGUAAAAUAAAAUGCCUUAUGAAAUCAGGAGAUUGUGUUGUAAAACAUCCAGGUGUUCAUACAACAGGAAUGGGAUUAGUUGUAUGUAACAAAUAUAUAUAUAUAUGAAUAAUGUAAUUAUUUUUAAAAUUAUUGCAAACAAAUUCAAAAUGUAGGGUGCUAUAUGCGAUUUUUGUGAAGCAUGGGUUUGUCAUGGUCGAAAAUGUUUGACCACUCAUGCUUGCAUUUGCCCUUUACAAGAAGCUAAUUGUGCUGAAUGUGAACGUGGAACAUGGGAUCAUGGUGGUCGAAUAUUUAUGUGCUCAUAUUGCUCCGCAUAUCUUUGUGAAGAUGAUCAAUUUGAACAUCAAGCUUCGUGCCAAGUUUUAGAAUCAGAAAAUUAUAAAUGUAAUUUAAAUAGUUUAAGUAUAGAAUUAUUCAUUAAGUAUGUCCGCAUUUUAUUUUGGAAUUAAUGAAUUGUUUUAUUUAUUUUAAUACAAAUCAUUGAAAUCAAUGUUAAAAUCAUUAAUCUGUACAAAUCAUUACAGGUCAAUCAUGCAAUAAAUUAGGACAGUACAGUUGUUUACGGUGUAAAGUGUGUUUCUGUGAUGAACACAUUAGAUGUAAACGUUUCAAGUAUUCUGAAAAAGAUAGAAAUUAUCCAUGUCCAAAGUGUUCUUAUCCAACAGCUGAAGUCAGUGAUUUGUCGUUAUCUUGUGAGUUUUAAAAAUAUAAAUAUUAAUUAAAAUAAUAAAUUUUCAUUGCACUAGUGGUUACUAAUAACUCAUGCAUAAUAUUUGAUAGUUAUUUUCCAAAAUAAAUAAUAAUACUAUGUCCAAUCUUGGAAUAUAAUUCUGCCCUUUUUACUUUUCCACAUCCCUUGAUAAAACUGCAAUCGAGCUUGUUGAUUAUAAAUUUCUACAUUUAGUCACUUUCUGCUUAAAUAUCCCCCACCAUCUUGGAGAUUCUUCCAUUAUCAAGAUAUAUGCUUAUCUAGCUGAUCAUAGACACUUUUUUAACCUCUUAUUCAUUUCUAAUCUCAUCUCAUCUAAUCAAUAGAUCCUUCUUCUCUUUUAUGUUAACUUCCUUUUAAAAUUCCUCUCUGUCAUACCCGCUCUUCUCUGCUUUUCUUAAUUCUACAGUCUUCUAAUAUUAUUUUCUCAACUCUCCUAUAUUUCACCUAUUGUGCACUGCUAACUUGGACCUUUCAUUUAAUCUUGUUUGCUUUCUUUUUCCAUACUUGUAUUUUUUAGCUUAUCCUAUGUAUAUUGAUAAUAAUAUUUUGAUCCAUUUAUUUUAAAUAUUAAACAUUAGAUAAAACCAUUUUUAAAAUCAAUGAUAUAUUUUUUGUAUUGCAAUUUAUAAGAAUAAUACAAUACUGACUUUGAUCAAGAUUAGCAGGUUUAAUGGCUUUGUUUUGAGUACACAAAGCUACUAAAUUCUUUAGAAAAUUUUAAUUUGUAUGGUUUAAUUGUGUAAUACUUUAAUAAUAAUUUUCAUUAUUAGUUUAUAAAGUCUACAAAGUGUAUAAUUAAUUUUCUUGAACUUCAAUUUAAAUUUAAUUAUCAUAAUCAUUUUAAAUAAUUAUAAUACAGCUCGUAACCAUAAAUAUGGUAGACAAACCUAUGAUGAAGGUGAUGAUGAUGACGACUCGUAUGGUUAUGGAGCAGGAAGUUCAGGAACUAAUUACGGAUAUACCUAUGAUGAAGGUAUAUAUAAUAUGGCGUAUUGAUAUUACUAUUUAUUGGACAUAAAAAAAUUAACUAUGAAAAUAUUUUAUUUCAAUAGCUGAAUAUAGUAAUGAUGAUGAUGAUGAUGAAGAUGAUGAUUACUCAUCAGAAGAUGACGAUGAUGAUGAUGAUGAUGAUGAAAAUGAUGAUGAAAGUGAUGAAAAGGACGCAAAAGCCAAAAAAUAAAAUAUUUAUUAAGUAGUAUUUUUGUUAUAAACCAAUCAUGUUUCUUAUUCUGUUCUUUAAAUGUCAGUUUAAUUAUACUGAUGUUUAGUGACAAAUAACAAAGUACUAAUUUUUAAAUUAUAAUUCUACCAUUUUGGUUGUUUAAACAAAAUAAAGUUCUUAAAAUAAUUAAUAUCUGUGAACACAUUAUUAAGUAUCAUUUGAUUUAUUGUUGGUCUUUCCAAACAUUAAUAAAACUAACAUACCAAUACUAAGCCCUAAAUCACCAAAAAAAAAUAAUAUUUUUUAUGCUAUUUAAAUUACCGAGUUACAUGUUCAUCAGAAUUAAAAUAGUAAAACCAGAGUCUGGAUACUGAUAAGUGAUAAGAAUUAACAAUAUACAUAUCAGCCUACAUCAAAAACUGUUUUGUAACCAUCUUCCAAAUUACCAAACAAUAGUAUUUUAUAGAAAACAAUUAAGAAUUGGCAACACAGAAAAUGCCAUCUUUCUAAUUACCACAUUUAUCAAAAGUGUCCAUUCUAUUUACAUUUAUUUUAUGCUAAAACUAAGC